AUUGUAUACUUACAUCUUUGCGGUUUUGAGUGUACACUGCCUCUUUUUCACUUUCACUUUCAAUCAAGUACCUGUCGCUUUUCCUCAUCUGAAAUUGGAAUACAUUUCACAAUAUGCGGGCAGCUUCGACAUUGCGAGCUCUGCCGAGACUCGUCCAACAACAGCGCGGCUUUGCGACGACGCACCGGCGGUUGGAGAGUUAUGGCUUCAUCGGCUUAGGACAAAUGGGUUACCAAAUGGCCAAGAACCUUCAGUCUAAGUUGAGUCCCAAAGAUGAGAUUCGCAUCUUUGACAUCAAUAAAGACGCUGUAUCCAAGCUGGCAAAGGAAAUGGACCAGUCUCAGGCCGGCGGCGCAAAGGUUGCUGUUGUUGACACUGCACGAGAUGCGUCAAUUGAAGCUGACACCGUCAUCACCGUUCUCCCCGAACCAUCUCACGUAAAAGCAGUCUACGCCUCCAUCCUCAAAGACCUGCCCUCCCGCAAGCGCACCUUUAUAGACUGCUCUACCAUCGAUCCCUCCUCGUCCCGCGAGGUCGCCGCCUCGGUCUCGGCCUCAACCAGCGACCAGGGCACUUUCGUCGACGCCCCAAUGUCCGGCGGCGUCGUCGGUGCCACGGCCGGCACGCUCACCUUCAUGCUCGGCUGUGACGCUACACACCUUCCCACCGUAGAGCCGACGCUCCUGCGUAUGGGCAAGCGCGUGCUGCACUGCGGACCGCAGGGGACGGGUCUCUCGGCGAAGCUGGCGAAUAAUUACCUACUGGCCAUUAACAACAUUGCCACGGCUGAGGCGAUGAACCUGGGCAUGAAGUGGGGGUUGGACCCCAAGGUUCUCGCGGGCGUGAUCAACGUUAGUACGGGCAAGUGCUGGCCUAGCGAGGUGAAUAACCCCGUCAAGGGCGUCGUCGAGGGGAGUCCCGCGGGGCGGGAUUACAAGGGCGGGUUCGGGAUCGGGCUGAUGCGCAAGGAUCUUGGGUUGGCUGUCGUUGCUGCGCGGGAGGCUGGUGCCAAGUUGGAGUUGGCGGGCAAGGCGACCGAGGUGUACGCCUCUGCUGAGGCCGAGGAACAGUGUAAAGGGCGGGACUUUUCCGUCGUUUAUCGGUACUUGGGAGGCAAGGAGUGAAAAACAGUCAUCCGUCAAGCUAGGAUGUUAGAUUUCUAGGGUCUUUGGGAAAAUUACCCUUACCAGAACAAUGAAAGCAUUCAUCGAUAGAUGUCAGACCACC